AACUAAAGCCCACAGAUAAAGAUGUAAAUAAAAUUUACAUAAAAGUUCUUCUGUUUGUUCAAUUCCAAAAACUUGAUUUCUUUUUUAAACUCAUUUUUUAGUUAAUUUUCGUCAGUUAUUUGUAUUUCAUUAUUUAUAUUUACUGCUCUUGCACUAUUUAAUUUUUAUGGCCUACGUGACCAGGUAUUUAUAAAUUAUAUAUUUUGUUGAAUGUCAACAAAGGUUUGACGGUUUUGUGUGAUAUCUUAACCAAAGAAAUCCGUAUUUUUAUUGCACUUUAUAUAAAAAGUUGCUGUUUCAGCCGACUUAGUUUAAUUAACAGUUUUAUUUAAAUCGUGUUAGUAAUCAUGCCAGUUUCCCUCAACACUGAAGAGGCAUUUAACAAUGCAAUUAAACAACCAUCAUUGACAGUAAUCCACUUCCAAGCAGCUUGGGCUGAUCAGUGUACUCAAGUGAAUGAAUUGCUAGAUACGUUAGCUAAACAAGUUGACUUUGCCAGUGUGAAAUUCUACUCUUGCCCUGCUGAAGAACUGAGUGAAAUUGCCAUAAAAUAUAACAUCGAGUCCGUACCAACGGUGCUCUUGUUUCAAUUGGGCGAAAAAGUUGACCGAGUGGAUGGAGCGGACGCACCAAAAAUUACCGAAAAAGUUCGAUUGCAUAUCAGUAAAUCGGAGGGCGAGAACAAGACUGAGUCAAUCGAUGAUAAGCUGAAAGCUCUAAUAAAUAAGGACAAAGUAAUGCUGUUCAUGAAAGGAGACCGAGUCAAACCCAGAUGUGGCUUUAGUAGGCAAAUAAUUGAAAUUUUAAAUAGCACAGGAGUGUCUUAUAGUACUUUCGACAUUCUUCAAGAUGAAGAAGUUCGCCAAAGUCUUAAAGUAUAUUCUGAUUGGCCCACUUAUCCACAGUUAUAUAUUAAAGGCGAGCUUAUUGGGGGAUUAGAUAUUGUUAAAGAAAUGAUGGCAGACGGAUCGCUUGCUACAUCUUUAGUCUAACAAGUGCGGUUUCAGUGUAGAUCAUGUUCGCUGGCUUUCAGGAAGUUAUUAAUAUUUCCUGCCUAAAGGCAAAACAUUACAUUAAACAAUGUAUCUUAUGAUAUAAAUACGAUCCAUUAAAACCAAUUUAAGAAACA